CACCAGCCCAUGGCUGUCCUUUGCAGCAGCAUGGUCAGCAGGCACUUGGCAGUGUCCCAUAAUUGGUGGGUGCCUCGUGCCCUCCGCAGGCAGGCUCAGACUCCACCCAAUGCCACCACAUCACCACCCAGGGAUAGCCCACUCCCUCCCCUCUGCAGCACCCAGCCCUGCUCCUGAGGUAUCCCCAAGCCAACAAUAUUUGCAAGAGGUUCCUGAGGUGACUGGCCUGUGGGUGCUCUGGGUGUGAGGGGAAAUGGAGCUCUGAGACAGAGCUAAUGAGCUGCCUCAUUAGAGCACCCAGCACUGUGUCUCUGGCACAGGCAGAUCCUGGAGAGGAAGCAUCACCAUCACCCAAGGAUGUGAUGCAGGAAGCUGGACUCCUGCUGUGCUGAGCCACGCUGCAGAGCUCUGCUGCACACAAUCAUCUGUCUGCUGCAUUCUGGGCCCCUCAGAGCAGCUGUGACAGAGCAGGGUCCCCUCCUGCAGUGCCCUGCAGCAGCGAGGGGCCUGUCAGACCUGACAGGGCCAUACAGCACCUUGCACAGCUGGGCUGCAGGGGCUGCUGUGGGGCAGGAGGGCAGUAAGGGCUGUUGUACCCCUGCCAGGGGAUGUGGUGCCACACAGUAGUCCCCACACAUGCAGUAAAGCCUGGCUGUGUCCCACCUGGGGAGACCUGUUCUAUCAGGUUUAUUAGAGGCAGCCACAGCUGCAUGAGACCAACUCCACAGCCCAUCCAAGGCUGAAGCUUUGCCAUGGUGUCUCAUGGCCUUGUGGAGUCUUCCCCUGCAAUUAUCAGCAGCUUGUGGUUCAUGCAGCCAGGCCCCCGAGCUCAGGGGGGUAUGAGCAUGCUGCAGACACAGCUCCAGCUGUUGCCCACCAGCACUCCCCCGAUUCUGCAAGGUGGUGGCAAGGUGAACAUGAAUUUCCCUGCACAUGGGUCCAGGUGAGGAAGUGUCACAUGUACACUUGUCCCAUGCUCCAAGCAGAUCAAGUCCAUGUAUUAGACAGAGGCUGUGAAACAAAACCCAGUAAGGCAGAAGGAAAUCACAUCCUCAUGCAAGGAGGGGCAUUUCAGGGAAAGGGAGUUUGUUCACAGAGCACAUUAGUGCAGUUACUGGUUCCCACCAUUCAGGUCCUCCCCAUCUGCUGACCAGCCCAGGGACACGAUUUCAUCCAUAUGUUUUUCCACAGGAAGAGGGGAUGAUGCUAUGAUGCCCCCAAACCACUGCUGCCAGAACAUUGCACAGCAACAUUUGGGCACCAAAUGGAAGAUGCAGCUGGCACAUGAGCCACGUGCAUCACUCUGACAGCCCAGGGGAGCAGGAAGGUACUGGCUGUGCACAGUGCAAGAGCAGCUACGAGCCCAGCCCUGUGCUCACCCUGUUCUGCCAGCUUUAUUCCCUUGCUGCAUGAGGAAUGAGAGAUACUCAGUAAACAGAAGGAACUCACACAUGCAAAAGCAGUUUUAUUCCAACUGCCCACAGUUCCUUCUAGCCUGCAAUACCCCACUGCCUUGAGCUCCAGAGUAGGACCAGCACAGGCAGAAUCCUCAGGCAGAUUUUUCCAGGGGCAUUCAAUCAUCUUGCAGAGGAGGCCACACUGCCCUUGCAGCAAUGCUGGGCUCAGCUGGGAGCAGGGUGGGUAGAUGUGGUACCACCACAGCUCAGAUGAGCUGCAGGACAAACAGGAGCAGGAAACACCAUGAGACUGCAAAAAGUCUGAAAUUCAGACUAGCUGGGACCACAUGAAGCAGGCAGCCUUCCCAAAAGGCUGCUGUUUAGCUCAGGCUCUGCUCUACCCCCCCUUCUCCCACCCCGCAGCUGCAGGAGGCUUGGGAACCUGCAGGGGCCAUUCCCUGUUGCUGGGAGAUCUGGCUACUGAAACCACAACAGCGUCAGUGGCAAACACAGCCUGUUCCCUGGGCACUCCAGAAGCUCCCAUCACUGCCUGCAGGAAGGCACACAACACAAGCAGCCCCUCAGCACAGGCCUGGGCCCCACCAAAGGGGAGCAGCUCUGGGAGAGGAAAGCCAUGUUCGUCACGGUGAGAUACGGAGCCAACUGCCAAGUGAUGGUGAACCUGCAGUGCUCUGUUCUGAUCUUCACAACUCACCUGAAGAGAAAGUGUCAGUGCAGGCCUGAAGACUGCAUUGAUCUUCUGGAUGAAACAGGCACCCUGAUGAACCUGAGCAAAGUGGAAAACCCUGCAUCCGAAUACAGCAGUAAAUACCUCCGGGAAAGGGAGCACUACAUCCUCAUCAGAGUCAUCCGAGACAAAAACUCUGAAGCCACCUCCUAUGAAUCCUUGCUAGAGGACCUGGAGAAACACUACCCUGACCUAACAGAUCGGCUGCAGCAGCUCUCAGCAAAGACCCAGAGGAGAGACCAGUGCAGGAAGGGAACCUCGCAGAGGAAGGCUCAGCCCCACAUCAGCACCCAGUUAAGGAACAAAACCACCUCGAAGAAGAAGUGGGGCUCAGAGCUCAAGACCCCUAAAUGAGGAACAGACCCAUUCCUGGUCACAAACACAGCACAGCCACCACUAGGACUCAGCCACCUCCCCAGCUUAUUCCUAGUUCAGCAAGAGUGCCCUGCUCCUCAAAGGUUCACACUACCACAUCCAAAGCUGCAUCCUGACAAACCAGGCAAACACAGCACCACAGCCAGGCACAAGCAGCAUCCAGGGGGUCACUCAUGUUCCCAUAGCAUGGCCUGUGCUCUCCAGUGACAAGAACCUGCACCUCCUUUCAACCCCCCUGCACCAGCAGCCAGAGGAACGUGCACCCACAUCACUGGAUGGACUGGCUUUCCACACAGUCACCACACUGGGAGUGCCUUCUAGAGACUCUCCACUGUGGUCACAGGAAAGGCUGUUCCAGAGACAGCCCAUUUCCACAACUACAGAAGCAGCUCUUUGCCAAGAUGGCUCAAAGACAGAACAAAUCUGCUGCAGGUGCUCCUGCUGGUUCUCCUUAACAGCUUCUCCACCCAGACUAGCAUACACCAACAUUACAUUUAUUUCUGAAAUAGAGUUAACUUCAGACUGGUUCUCCCCUGCUCACACUGAGACAGUUCAGGACACAGAGCACUUUGGCUUUGAAUCUCUGACAUCUACUUUUUCCCUUGGCUGUUUCUCAGAAGAGCACAAGGCACCCCAAUAAGGCCAGACAGAGCUCAGAACAUUAUCUACCAAAAAUUUAGAUUAUGACAUUUAGAAGGGGCAGGACUUUCAACACCAGCCUCUAAUAUCUGCUGCCAGCAUUUACCAUCUAGACCUGGAUUUCCUCACAAAUCCCAGCUGAGAACUUGCCCAGUAUUCAACAGUCAGAGGUCAAAAGGUUAAUAGACUCAUUCUGCCAUGAAAAUGCAUCAGUUAAGCAUCUGAGUGUCAUGGUUUCACUGCUGUGCCACUAAAACUCCAUCUGAAGCCUCAAAAUUCUCUUUUACACCGACGUAAAGAACAGGGUGCUCUGCCAGAGGCCAGUCUGAGGGCAGCACUCAUGAGAUUGUUCUGCCAAGGAGACUGUAAGAGGAAAGCAGUUCCAAACUUCACCUGUUGCCAGUGACCUUGAGAACAUUGCAUAAUCUGCUAAAGCUUUUAAGUAAGAUCAGCCAACUGUACCCAAGGUCCCACAGCCAGACAGGUCACAUUGUCUUAGCUCUAAGUCAGAACAGCUCCCCAGGAGGAGGAUAUCUAUAGAAAAAUAAUUUGUUACUGAAAAUACUCUAGACACAUCUUGGAUUACACCUCUCUCCAGCCUCUCCUCUGCCUGGAGGGCAGCCAGUGCAGCCUCAGCUGAGGUCUGGAUCUCUUUUUGCCAAAUCAUGCAGGCUCUGUCCUUGCUAGGCUGCACCUCCUAUUUGCCUUGUAGUGCCUUGUCCUUUAAGCAGCUGAUACUGUUAACAUUUUGGUAGCUUAAUUUUAGCUUGAGAAUGAAAUAAAGAACUUGCACAAGU